AUGUCGGCUCAAAUUAGCAAGAAGAGAAAGUUCGUGGCUGAUGGUGUCUUCCGCGCCGAACUCAACGAGUUUUUCACCCGUGAACUUGCUGAGGAGGGCUACUCUGGCUGUGAUGUCCGAGUGACCCAUGCUCGCACUGAGAUCAUUAUCCGUGCUACUCAUACCCAAGAAGUUCUUGGAGAGAAGGGCCGCCGCAUUCGUGAACUCACCGCCCUCGUUCAAAAACGUUUCAAAUUCCCCGAAAAUUCCCUCGAACUCUAUGCUGAGAAGGUUCAAUAUCGUGGUCUUUCUGCUAUUGCUCAGUGCGAGUCAUUGAGGUACAAACUCCUCGGUGGCCUUGCCGUCCGUCGCGCUUGCUACGGUGUCCUCCGUUUCGUUAUGGAGUCUGGCGCCAAAGGCUGCGAAGUUGUCGUCUCAGGGAAACUUCGUGCCGCUCGUGCCAAGUCGAUGAAAUUCACCGACGGAUUCAUGAUCCACUCCGGUCAGCCAGCCCGCGACUUCGUCGAUUACGCCGUUCGCCACGUCCUGCUUCGCCAGGGCGUCCUAGGAAUCAAGGUCAAAAUCAUGAAGGGUUGGGAUCCUGAAGGUCAACUUGGACCGCGCAAGCCUCUCCCCGACUCUGUCCAAAUCCUCGAACCCCCAGUCGACAAAGUCGUUUCCGAGCCCACCUCGGAGCAACGCGAACCUGUCGUCCCCGUCGCUGUUCCCGCCCCCGCCGAGGAGUAUGCUGCCGAACCCGGAUAUCAGCAGCCUGAGGCUUACGCUGAGCAACCUGUGUUCUGA